AUGGGGUCCGAUCCGAUGCUCAUUGCGGCACGUGACCCACCACUACAAUAUUUCAGAUUGUAUUUCUCCCCUUGUGUUUCUCCAAAAACUCAGCUCCUGCCCCACAUCUGCCCCCAAAUGGUCGAACUUCUUGUCGACGUGGCCAAGACCCAAUCGCCGGAGUCGUAUGUGUACACGCGGUUGGCAGCACAGCACAUAGGCGAGAUUGCCUCGGUGGUGAUCUCCGGAUUGAUCAGUUUUGGACGUCUUCCCGCACGAGAAAUCGCCCGCAAGUGCAAGCUUUCGUCGCGCAGCGUGCAGACGGCACUUGUGUCGUUGAUCCAGCUCAACUGCGUCUCUUAUUGGACAGAAAAGGGUCUGUCGACGGUCUACUAUACCCUCAAUCCAACAGGACUCAAAGUGCUUUUGCAUGGCGGAGAUGUCAUUGUGCACAUCAGGGAUGUGUAUGGCGACGAGGAGGCGGAAAUUGUGCAGAAUGUGAUCGAGAAUGGCAAUGUGACGGUGCGUAACUACAUGGGGCUCUUUGCCGAUGAAAACACGCAGUUCCGUCGAAUGGAGCUCCUUGUGCGGCUUUAUGCAGACGGCUGGCUCCGGAGGCUCCAGCCCGUCGAUUUCCAGCCCAUCGAGGACGUGUGGAACCGCUUGUUCCUGGAGACCUUGGCCAACACGCCGCGGUCCGCUGCCGUGAGUGAGGUCAAGAGAAUUGCAGAGGUGAAGCUGCGGGCGAAGGUGCGGUUGAGCGAGCUCUAUGCGCUGGGAAACUCCAACGCGGAUGUUUUUACAAUGGAUGACGGCGUGAAGAAGCUACAGCCCAACAUCACGCUAGCCUUCAAUUUGGGCCGCUACGAGAAGGCCUUGCGCAGCCGCUCGUACGUCGAGCUUGCGCGCUCGCGUGUGGGCAUCUUGACUGCUCAAAUUUACAAGGUGUGCUGCUCGCUCGUGGAGCAGAAGUCUGCAGACUUGAGACACAAGUUUCUCCAGGUUUCGGGACUCGUGGCAACACAGGACGAGACCAGAGCGUUUUUGGAGGCGUUGGAGAGCACGCUCGUCGAAAACAAGCUGACCGUAUUCACCGUGCACGAGGUUGUGAGACGUCUUCCAGAUCACUUGGACCUCUCCAACUCCAUUACGUCUAGAAUUUUCACGAAGCCCGGCAGGGUGGGCGGCGACAGCGGCACCCCAUCUAAGAAGAUCAAGCUUGAAAACGGAUCUGCAUUCCCACUGGAAAAUGGCUAUGGCCAUGAGGAUAUCUUCCUGGCACCCACUCCACCCAAGCAGGUGGAUGCAGCAUUGGUUGAGGAACAUCUACAACUUCUAGCCAACGAUGCUGUUCCGUUCCUCCACAAACUCAGAGACGGUCAGUACACCAUCCCUUUCCUACAACUCUCGAAAGCUGUGAAGGCUUAUAACUACGACGCUAUUGUGAAGACUACGAUGGGCGUCGAGGCACACAGAGUAUUCCGCUGUGUCAAAGAUCAGAAAUUGGCAGAUGACCGCACAAUUGCCAAGUUGGUCUUGCAAAAGGAUGGGGAUGUGAAGAGUCUUCUCUUUGAUCUUAUCGCUGGCAACUUCAUCCAGCUCCAGGAAAUCCCAAGAUCCGCCGAUAGAGCAGCUACAAAGUCCGUGUACUUGUUCAGACACGAGGAGGCUGCCAGUUACCAGUACAUGAAAGAGCUUCUAAUGUUCAACAUCGGCCAGGUGUUGAGUAAUAUCGAUCUGUUCAAGCUGGACCACAAAAUCUUGCUCGAGAAGUGUGAGCGAGACGACGUGAAGGGCCACGAGGAGGAGCUACUAUUGGAGUCUGAGUUGAAGACCCUUAUGGAGCUUCAAACAAGAGAGGUCAGCAACAUAGGACGCAUGAACAGAGUCAAGUGGCUCUAUGUGCUCUACGGGGAGCUCUGA